AUACCAUUGAAAAUACGAGAUGGCUUCUCCAGCGAAGACCCAAGCAACUCUGAAAAAAGACAAGAAAGAGGAGUCUUUCCUCGACAAAGUCACAACGAUAGGAAGAAAAAAGAAAUCAAAGGAAGAUGAUAUCAAUGAUAUUGGAAGACAUGCCUUGGAUUCACCUGCCAAUCCUGUCGAUAUCAAUCCAGAAACAUUUGUCAUGGAGGAAGGUGAAGAACGGUCGAUGAUAGAACCUGAUUCUAGGGAUUCCCCUAAAGUCAAAGAGCUAGUUGAAGUUUUAAUCAGAUGGAUCAAUGAAGAGAUGAAAGAACAGAGGAUAAUAGUACGAGAUCUUGAAGAGGAUCUUUACGACGGUCAGAUCCUAGGCAACCUUGUUGAAAAAUUGGCAGGGAUCAAGUUUGAAGUGCGGGAGGUGAUGCAGUCCGAGAUCUUCCAGAAACAAAAAAUCAAAUCCAUCUUGGAUUACGUCAACAAACUCCUUAACCUACCUAGAUGGAAUAAGGACAAAUGGAGCGUAGACGCUAUCCAUUCACGCAACCUCGUGGCCAUCCUCCAUCUCCUAGUCGCUCUUGCCUUCCACUUCAAAGCCCCCAUUAUGAUCCCUGAGUUCGUCAUCGUCAAGGUGGUCGUUGUUCAGAAAAAAGAUGGAAUGCUGCAAACAUCAAGGGUAGAGGAAGAAAUCACAGCAACAAAUGAGUCUGUUGCUUGGUUUCAUGUAGAACAAUGCAGGGCCAUUGGAGGACGUUUUGAACGUGAUGCCUUCGACACACUCUUUGACCACGCCCCUGACAAGCUUAACGUCGUCAAGAAGUCACUGAUUGCCUUUGCUAAUAAACAUCUCAACAAACUCAAUCUUGAAGUCUUGGACCUUGAUAAUCAGUUUCAUGACGGUGUGUUCUUUAUCCUGUUAAUGGGUCUGCUAGAAGGCUACUAUGUACCUCUACACUGCUACCAUAUGACUCCUACAACAUUUGAAGAAAAGGUCCACAAUGUAAACUUGGCCCUGGAUCUGAUGGACGACGCUGGCCUCCCUAAGGCUAAGGCCAGAGCUGAGGAUGUUGCCCAACUUCAUCUUAAAUCCAUGCUUCGUCUCAUCUACAAUCUAUUUCUGAGAUACAAGCAAAAUGAUAUUUUCAUCUAAGUUCCUCCUCCUUCUUUCUUCUCCUUUGGAUGUGGUGAAUUUAGACUUGAAAUCAACUCUGAGGGUACUCUACAACAUAUUCACCAAGUACAAGAAUGUCCCGUAAAUCACGUCUUCUAACAACUCAGUCUUUAGUUAUGCAUCAAUCAUGGAGCUUGUUAACGCCAGGUGUCAUAAAGCUGGAGCUUCUUGGAGCUUGUUAACACAAGGUUUUAUUAAGCUGGAGCUUCUUAACACCAGGUUUCAUAAAGCUGGAGCUUCUUGGAGAUUGUUAACACCAGGUUUUAUUAAAGCUGGAGCUUCUUGGACCUUGUUAACACCAGGUUUUCUUAAGCCGGAGCUUCUUGGAGCUUGUUAACACCAGGUGGGUGUUUCAUAAAGCUGUUCGUAAGUUAAGAGCGACUUUAAGAAGGACUGGUGAUCCUUUCUUGUGGUAAAUGGUAUUCACCAUUCAAUGUUCAUGGUUGAUUAUGUAGCGCGUAACAAAGGUUCACCAGUCGUUCUUAAAGUCGCUCUUAACUUACGAACAGUUUUAUGAAACGGCCCUCAGGUUUUAGAAAGCUGUAGCUUCUUGGAGCUUGUAAACACCAGGUUUUAUAAAGCUGUUCGUUAGUUAUGAGCGCCUUCAAGAACAACUAGUGAUCCUUUCUCGUGGUAAAUGAUAGACAACAGAUUUAAUUGGUGUUGGUUUACUUCCCAAGAAAAGGUUACCGGUCUUUCAUAAAGUUGCUCGUAACUUACGAACGGCUUUAUGAAACACUCGCCAGAGUCCCAUCUCACAAGGAGAUACGAUUGAUCAAAUCAAUCUCAACUAUAUGGAAAUCCAUCAAUGUCAUAAUUUUUUUUCUACAUGAAAUUUUCACAAUGUCCUUUGUGAACGAAGAGGAGCACUAUUAACUCUCAAGACUGAGGGAGGUAAGAGUAUACAUCAUAUCUAGAAAGCAUUUUAAAUAACAUGCAUAUUUGAUUAUUGCGUUGCUGGCUUUCCAUAGUUGUGAUUGAUCGCAAAUCAUUGAAAUAUGGGCUCCGUAACACAAAGAAAGGGGAAAACAGGAGAGCAUUUCAUCAACAUUUUUGUCCGACAAGUUGUCAGAUCUUACAACUUUGCUUGAUUUUGAUGAGCUAUGAACCACCAUUACUAUGGUAAAACGUCCGACAAGUCCUUUCAUGAAAUGAUCCCCUGGACACGCAGUAGAACGUAUAAUGAAACGUUAAGGGAAGGGCACCCGAGAUAAACAUGAAAAACAAUGUUUUGAUUACCUAUUUAAAGGUGAUUUUUAUUUUAAAUACUUUUUGCCAUUUUUGUGUGGAUCUGGACAGCAACAGAGGCAAAUCUGUUGCAAAAUUAUUUUGUAGUCAGGUGCCACGAUUGCAGACAAGCAAAGGCAAUAUGCAAAUUAUUAAUAUUUGAUUCAAGUGAUGUGAAUUUCAUGUGAUAGUGAAAAUCAUGAUUGAGAGUGCAUGGUUUAUAAACAUUAGAGGGCGGCAUAUUAAAAUUUAUUUGGAAAUCUUUGAGUUGAUGAAAAGUUUUCUGUUAUUUUUUUUUUCAUCCCAUUUUCUCCUUCCUAUUUAAACACCAACCCACCUUAUAUAUUUCCCUUUUUGUUAUUCAUAGUUUGAUUUUAUUAUGAUUUCAAUAUUUUUCAUGUUUAUGAUAUUUAUUGUCUUGAUAUUUUUAUGAAAAUAGAGCAUAGAUCUGUAUUCAAGGGCAGAUUACAUCAUCUCUUUACUUAUCAGAUUAAAAUCAGAAGGAUGUUACUUCAUAUGUUUUCAUGCAAAGGGCACGUUCGGUUCUUUAUAAAGUUAAACACAACUCGACCCAUAAUAAAAGUAUGCAGAUUAACUAUAGACAGCCAGUAUGAAGAUUAAUUAACUAUGGAAAGCCAAAUGUGGCACAAAGCUUUCACAGUUUUAGGUGCCAUGAGCCUAAUUACAACAGGAAGGCUAAAGAUAUUCGUUCGACCCAACCCAUUCAAAUAUUUUUCAAUUUGAUAUUGCUGAUUGACAAAAGUGUCUGAAUAUGAUUCAAAAUCUAACACUGAUUCUAGAAAUGGUAACUACUGAACUUCCUUUGCCCAAAUUGGGAAGAUAUAAAUUGACUUUGGAACUAUUUUUUGACUGGCGGAAGAAUUAGGGCUAUUUUACUGUUUCAGUUGAUAAAUUAGAUCCCAUCAUAGUUAUCUUUAUAAAUGGUGAUUUAUUUUUAAAAUGAGCUGGCUACGAUACCCAUUUCUGGUCAGAUAUGGAAUGUCAGAUAUAUAUCCUAUCCAAUGGUAGUAAACAUUCAUUCGACCCUCUAAUUUCACAUUUAUUUUUUAUGAAUUUUUCAAAAGUGCCAUUUUAACACACAAGUCUAUGGGGAAUGUUUUACUCGCAUGACGCCUUUAGUUCAAUAUUUCAACAUAUUGGUAACUUAAACUAUUAAAAUAAAACAUCAAAAAAUGGUAAUUCUAAUAGUUUUCCACCAUUAAAGCAAUGAUUUGAAUGUUAAGUGGCAAUAAGAAUUAUAGCAUCAUAAUGAAAACAUUGAUAUGUUUGGUUUGAUACACCUAGCUAAAACCAUAGAUCCUAAAGCAUGGAUUGAACUAAACAAAGGCUAGAAAACAUAUCAAUUUGUAUAAAUCAAUUCUAUUAAUGUUAAUAAUUUCAACAGAAUCAUUAUGUCUGAAAUUAGAAUAUUAUGUUAGUAGACAAAGACAAAUUUAGGUUUGGAAAUAUGAAAUUGUAUUUUUGUAAGGCAAGUGUUCUGACAAUGUGUGCAUGACUUGGGAUAGUAUAAGAAUGUAUAAAGGUAUUUUUGCAUCAAUGAAUAUAGCUUGAUCUGAGUUUUUCCAUGAUAUUUCUUUCCCCAACCAUAUUUUCUUCAAUAAAUCCUGUAUUUCAUUACAUAUUCUUAACUGUUUUAAUAAGUUUACAUUUUUUAUAUAUCUCUAAUAAUGGUGCUAUACAUUUCAAUCAAUUAUUUGUGCAUUUCUUUUUUCUAUUUUGUACAAAGAAAGUUAAAAGGUUUGCCUUGUGAACUUCCUAUAUCAUAUCAUUUAUAAUGUCCAAAGUCACAAGAAUAGUAAACCUAUUCUUAGCUCCCUUUAAGGCUGCAUUUAUGCUAACUUUAUGAAGGAAGAUUCAGCAUUUUGACACUCAAUGCCAUCCCUGUUCCAAAAAGCAGUUCACAGGUUUAUGUAUUAUUUCCUUAGCUUUUUUGAGAGAAGCCAAUUUCAGAAACAUGCACUACAUAUGCUAUGUGUGUUUGUGGAUAGUGCAUGUUUGUGAAAGGGACUUAUCGUUUACCCGCAGUUUGCCAUCCUUAUUUGUAUUAUUUCACAAUUUAUCCUAAUUUGUGUUAUUUCACAAUUUUUAAGGACACGAGUAUUAUUUUUUUGAAAUAAAUUAUUGCUUGUCUAAAUGCUGGUCCUGUCUCCAAAAGAAUGUAAAUAUACUCAUUGAUUGCAGGAAUUUGAUACCAAUCUUUUAUAUAAAAAAAAAAUGUUAAGCUUUAUUUCAUGUCCAACUCUUGCUCUUUUAGUUAAUACCUUUAGUAUCCCCUGUCACAUAAAGCCCAACAAUCGAUCGUAAGACUGAUUUUUCAUAAAUUGAUCACAUUGAUACUCACUUGCAAUCAAUCUUAUGCUUUAUGCAACAGGGGGCAUGUAUGGAAUUCAUCAUAGAUGAUGUAUAUUGUAUUUGUAAGUCGAUUUAAUGUAUUUAUUGAAUAGUAUUUGAAUCCUGCAUGUAUAUUACCUGCAUGAGACUGUAGAUAGGCUUUAUUUCUUUUGUAAGAAAAGAAUAAAACCUGUGAUAAACUUUGUA